AGGGAAAUGGAGUGUGCGCAUGCGCACUGCCCAAUCAGAGCAUGCGGCAGGAGCAUUUAUCAGUUCCCGACAUUCCAGAAGGUCUUCCGUUGUUUUUGUGGAUUAAUCGGAUUUUAUUCUUCACCAUGCGCGCGAUCAUGAAGCUCCUCAUCUGCUGUGUGUUCAUGCUGUUCCUGGUGAACGUAGUUCCAGCUGCAGGUUCUACCACAGAACUCCUGUCAUGCUGCUUUCAGCAGCUUGGUAAUAGAUCAGUGGUGUACAUACUGAACAACACCGUGGAGUCCGAUUUCACACAGUGGACCAGAAACAAGACACCCAUUAAGGAUGAACAUGGCAAUGUGGACAAGAGCAUUGUCAUAGGCUAUGGUCAGAACUGGAUCACUCUAAAUCAGAGUUACUUAGACAUUGUAUUCUACUUUCAGACAUAUGAUAUGAUGAAAAAUCAAGAAGUUCAAUGUACAGAUUUGUGUGAACCGGGAUCAGCUAACCUUCCGAUUGGAGAGAAGCAUGAGACAAAUCAGCGUGAUGGAGGUGACGGAGGUACCGGCCUGAACACCGCCGGAAAGGCUGGAAUUGGUGUUUCUGUCUUCAUUUUCAUCGUCAUAGGCGUGAUAUGUGGGAUACAAUGUUACAGGAAAAUCGGCAGGUUCUAGGCUGUCGUUCAGGACGAUCAGCAGGAAGCAGCUGACUGACUCACUUUAGUGUUACACUGGCUGUAUAUUAUUAACUAAUUCUCUAGCACUUCCUGUGUAUGCAUUUAUAGAGGUGUUACGUUCUUAUUUACUGGAUUAGCAAGCUAGCAUCCCAAAGUCCAGGCUUUAUGUUAGAUAAGCAGUUCCUCUCCAGCUCACAAGAUUAUUUUAAUAACAAAAAAUUCAUAAUGAACUUCUGUAUACACUUUUACAAGUCUGUUUUGAAUCUUACUGGCUAACAUUCUUUUUAAAAUGUAUUGCGUUCUUUAGACACACACACACAUUUUCAUAAAUAAAAAAAAUAGGUAGGAUAUAUUUAACCAAAAUCAACAGUCGCAUUUCACAUUAACAUUAUCAUUAACAUAACCCUGAGCCUAGGUAGAUUUUAAUAUUUACACACUUCAUGCAAAUUUAUUCACCUUUUUAACUGCCACAGAGAACUGUGAGGCACCCAGAAUGCUGGCGAGGAAGGAAGGGUAUAUUCGACGCAUCAAGACACACACCUGAGACGUUGGGACACUAAUCAGCUAAUGCUGUUUUUUAAAUGUACUUUUUAAAUUGAAUUUACUUAUAUUAUAAGCUUGCUUUAUUUCUUUUAAUGAAAUGUUUAGUGAAAUGUACUUGUUAGCAGAGAUGCUCAGUAAGAGUGUCUUUGUGUAACAGAGGCAGUUGGCUGUUCAUGCAAAUGUUAGCUAGCGAUAACUAGCAAGCUAGCAUAGUGCCACUCUUUUAUACACCUCAUUGUUCAGUUUAUUAUCUAAAAAAAAACUCUUAGACAACUCUUAGCUUUUAUCUGAAAUUAACAAGACAUAAAUUUUGAUAACAACAACAGUUCUAAUAAUGCAAAUACUACUGCUACUAGUACUACUAAUAAUAAUAUUAACAAUGCCGGGUGUCUCUGGAUAUCUGGAAAGGUCACACAUUUAUAAUGAAUAUAUAAGGACAUCUAUACGCUAUCAGCCUUUUGGCUAGUUUGCUAAUAUUUUCCGAUAUUAUCACGACAUUAUUUUACUACGUUGCUAAAUCAGUAGUUCUGGCAACAUUCAGCUGUUAUGCUGCCUUCCUUCUGAAUGGGACACUACCGUUAUAUCACUGGAGAAAACGUUGUGUUAAUUAGUAAUAAAUUUAUCGUGUGAUAUUAGUGUAUUUAUUGUUGUCUUCGAAUAACAUUCCACAGUGUGUGUGAGCGGAUUUACAGCCAGAAUAUACAUUUCAGCCUGACAUAUUGUCGUUCCAUCAAACUGUCAGACGGUGGCGCUGGACUAAACACCGCUCCUCACGCCAGCCGAUAUCACACAACAAACGUGCUUAAGAUCAAGAUCAGAAUCGAGCGGAACCGAGACACGCCCCCGUUCUAGAUAAACUCCGCCCCCGUGUGCUUAACUUCUGAAUAGUGUUGAAGUCAGUAGUUACGUCUGAGGUCUAAAUACUGAUGUGUGGAAUUUCAGUGUUUAGGAGAUGAUCUCAGAGAUGAACUCUACUCUUAUAUUAUCUUAUUGUAUAACUGAUUACUGACGUUAUAUUAUAGACAAUGAUUAUAUAUAUUAAUAUCCACUUCUAUACAUAAAACUAAUAUGAACUAUUAAUAUUCAUGCCAGUUCUAUUAUUAUUAUUAUUAGUAGUAGUAGUAGUAGUAGUAGUAGUAGUAGUAGUAGUAGUAGUAGUACAGUACUUCCGUGAAGUGAGUACUUGUGUCUGAUUUUGCCUUUUUUCCCUUCAGAUGGAAAAUUUUAUGCCAUGUCAUUUUGAUCUUUUGUAGAAUUCGAUCAUCCAGUCAAUUAUUCCUCUCAGUUCCUCGUUCAUGUUUUAAGGCUAAAGGUGACCAGGCUUUCUCAGUGGCUGCUCCUAAGCUUUGGAAUAGACUUCUUCUAUACAUUAGAGCUUCCUCUGCCAUUUCUGUGUUUAAAUCCUCUUUGAAGACUUAUUUGUAUUCUUUAUGUUUUAAUCGAGGGUGUAAAUUUUUCAUUCUUCCUUUUUGGUUUUUGUUUACUCAUUUAAUUUGUUUUAAUUCUGUUUUAUGUUUUAUAUUUCUUGUGCAGUGCUUUGCUUUCAACAUUUGUUGUUUUAAAUGUGCUUUAUAAAUCUGCACUGGUUUUUACUGAUGAUAAUCUAAUUUUAAUAAUGUUUUGUGAUUGUGUGAUUAUUGUUCUGCUUUGCAUAAACACAGCCAAUAAAGUGUGUAACACUG